AUGGCGAAGAGGUUGAUGUCUACAUUUAUUAAAGUUAAGGAUGCAUUGUUAUUAAAACUCAGGAGGAAUAAAAUUAACCGCAUGUGGAGAAGCAUUAAAGGUUAUAAGAAGAUUGCUGUUGGCAUGCAAAAUUUAAGAAAAGAUGAUGAAGAUGCGAUUGAAGAUAUUAAAAUCGAACGUGAAGAAGAAAUAGUCGAAGAAGAAAAUGUCAAUUUGCUUAACCCGAUGAAUAAUAAAUUUAAUGACAUUUAUAAUAUAUUUCGUGAGAUAAGUACCGAAUUAGAUAGAAUGAUUUUCGAGCUUAAUAAUAAGUUCAAGAUCAAUAGUGAUUUUGAGGCAACCAAUAUUAAAAUGGAAGAAAAAAGACUAGGUUUUUAUGAUAAUCAUCUUGGCGACAUUAAAUCCUUUGAUGAAGUUAUUACAAAAUAUAUUUCUCAGAAAAUUAUUUAUAUUCACAGUCGUUCCAAUAAGUCGGAAUCAAAAAGUGCAGCAUCCGAAGAAUCGGAAAUGCUUGCUUCUCCCUCCACUUCAUUUGGAAUUGAAGAUAUCUAUCACUCAAAUCGAUAUACAUGCGCUCUCACUUUAACUAAGAAACAGCUCGAACUAGCGAAAGGAUGUAAGGAUCUUAAUGGAAUAGGUCUCGCAUUGGAGUUCGAAGGCGUUCCAGAGACUGGAGAGAUGAUCGCAUACGGUAGAUUUCUUCCUGAAAUAGAUCGUACUCGCCAAGAAGAUGAUGGAUUUUUUUAUGGAUCAUUAAUACUACAUGUACAUCCACAGUUUAACGCCAUUUUUUCCUAUAAUCCUUAA